GUGGCACCACCGUGUUCAUCCAAUAAUUCGCAGAGACAGCACAACUGCUAAGUCUGCAAAUGAGGGGUUAGAGUUGGCCUUGACGCCUUGUGGGUUUGGUUUUCAGAGUCCCUCUCAGUCUCCAUGGCUGCCAUGGCGCACCUCUCCUGCAUCAUUCGCUGCCCUUCUUUUCAACAUAAUUGCUCCAUGCUUUCCCCUCAAAUCCCCAUUUACAGAAACUCAACCACUUCUCUCCACACAACGUUUCGGAUCCUCCACAAAAGGACCUCCAUCUUCAUCGUUCGCUCUGCUGCCAACGACCCCUCUUCGCCCGAAAUCAGUUCUACAGCCAAGAUACGGAGUGAAGUUCUUUCUCCCUUCCGCACAGUUCGGAUGUUCUUCUAUCUGGCUUUCAUUGCUAGCAGUGCCCUGGGAGGAUUAAUAGCCACAACACAACUGAUUGCUGCACUGGCAAAUUCAUCAAGAGCAGCAGAAGUCCCUGAGAUCUUGAAGGGUCUUGGCAUAGAUAUUGGGGCCUUCUCUAUCUUUGCAUUUCUUUAUUCUAGGGAGAAUAGCGCUAAGAAUGCACAAUUAGCGAGGCUUUCAAGAGAGGAAAGGCUCUCAAAUCUUAAGUUGCAAGUGGAUCAAAAGAAGGUUAUUUCUGUUAGUUCCUUGAGAGGAUUUGCCCGUCUUGUAAUCCUUGCUGGUCCUGCAUCCUUCAUUACAGAGUCCUUCAGACUUAGUGAACCUUUCACUGAGAGCCUUCUUGAACGAGGGGUGCUUGUGGUGCCUUUUGUUAUGGAUGGGGAUGUACCCAGAUUUGAAUUUGAGGAGAGCGAGGAGAUGAAGGAGUUGACCACUAAAAGGAAGAGACUCUGGCAGCUGGUUCCUGUUUCUGUUUCUCAAUGGUCCAAGUGGUUAGAUGAACAGAAGAAACUGGCGAAGGUGCCACUUGAAUCUCCUGUGUAUAUAUCUCUACGAAUGGAUGGUCGUGUCCGUGGGAGUGGCAUUGGUUAUCCUCCCUGGAACGCUUUUGUUGCACAAUUACCACCGGUAAAGGGACUUUGGUCAGGUUUACUGGAUGGCAUGGAUGGAAGAGUUCUUUAGAAGAUGUCCAUAAUUUUGUUCUUUAAAGAUACUUGUCAUUGCAAUGCUCAUACCAGUUCUGCUUGGGAACCAGAAUACAGGAGGAAAUCUUCCAUGAGAGUCUCGAGGGAAACAGGGGCUACAUUUCUUGUAUGCCAUGUAACAUUAUCAACAUGUGACCUUUGGUGUUUCAAAUAAUGUUGCAGUCUCUAGGACCAUUACCUCUCCUGAGCCUCUAUUUUUAUAUUUAUUCUACAAUUCUUCUACUAAUUUUACAGGAUCCUUCAUUUGGAUCUCAACAGGAAAGGCAGUUGCAACCACAAGAAGACUACUGAAAACGUUGUCUUUGUAUACUGCAUUAUUAGUGUAAACUGUACAGUUUGUUGACUUUGUUUAUUGUUCUAAUCAUUUGAGGUUGAUGGGUUGGAAGAA